CUGUGCGGGUGGAGGGGAAACAUCGUUAGAGACGCGCGCGCUCUCAACAAGACCGAGGGAGUGUCUCCACGAGCUCGGUCGGCUCUCAGACAGAAGCAACAGGAGGUUUUACGCCUGAAGCUCAACGGGAAAGAGGAGGUUUUUGACGGUGCACAUACAACAAACUUCAUCACUUUGGCAUAUUUCUGCCAGUCUGACAUAGACAGACCCGGGAGGGGCUCUCAGCUGCCUGAGCGUUUUCCCUUCAGCAUGGGCUCCUCUGGAGACAGUGUGUGGGUGCUUUGCAGUUUGGUUCUGCUCCUGGUUCUGGUCUGUCCUGCCACAGGCUACAAUCUGGAUCAGGAACACAGUAUGGAGUUCAGUGGGCCCUCCUCCUCCAUGUUUGGAUACUCAGUGCUGCUGCAUCGCCAUAAAUCUCACAAAUGGUUGGUGGUUGGAGCUCCAGUAGCAAACGUGUCCUCCAGUCCCCAUGUUCGAUCUCCAGGAGCUGUUUUCCGCUGUAACAUCACAUCUGAGUCCCGACAGUGCUUCCACAUGCCCACAGGGGUUUCAAACUGUGGGAAGACGUGUCUAGCUGAAAGUGAUCACCAGUGGCUGGGCGUCAGUCUGUCCAGACAGCCUGGAGAACAUGGAGGGCACGUCCUGGCAUGUGCUCACCGAUGGAAGAACGUCUUCUACUCAAGAACUGACAGCCAAAGCAACAAGCUGCCCAUUGGGGUCUGUUAUCGCUAUGGCAGCGACCUGAGCCAUUCCCGGCACAUUAUCCCCUGCUAUAAAGAUCAUGAGAAGAAGUUUGGCGAGAGCUAUGGAUCUUGUCAGGCGGGUAUUUCCAACUUCCUGACAGAGGACCUGAUCAUAAUGGGAGCACCAGGAGCGUUUUAUUGGAUGGGAUCCGUUCUGGUCUACAACACAACUAGUAACGGACUUACAGCGUAUUUAGACGAUGGAACUGGAGUUGUCAACUUUGGAAGCUACUUGGGUUACUCCGUUGGAGCCGGACACUUUAUGGGUCCUUCCUCUGUGGAGGUGGUAGGUGGAGCUCCACAAUCUAACCAGAAGGGAAAGGUGUAUAUUUUCACGUUAGAAAACACUUGGCUGAAGGUCGUCUCCCAAGUAUCUGGAGAAGAACUGGGAUCUUACUUUGGCCACAGUGUGUGCGCGGUGGAUUUGAACGCCGACGGUUUGUCGGACCUGUUAGUCGGCGCUCCCCUCGCAACAGGUUCCAGUCGAGAGGAAGGAAGAGUCCAUGUGUUCAUCAAUGAGGGUCUGGCAAAGUUGGUGGAGAUGGAGUUCCAGCUUAGAGGCAAUGAUGCAUACGCCGCCCGUUUUGGAGAGACCAUUGCUGACCUGGGAGACCUGGACGACGAUGGUUACCCAGAUGUGGCGGUUGGUGCCCCACAGGAAGACGAUCUGAAAGGAGCCAUCUACAUCUACAAUGGCAGGAAGGAGGGCAUUUCUCCUACUCCGUCACAGAGGAUCACAGGAUCUUCUCUGGGUCAUGACCUGAGGAUGUUUGGACAGUCACUGAGCUCUGGCAUUGAUAUAGAUGAUAAUGGCUACUCAGAUGUGGCAGUUGGUGCAUUCCUCUCAGACUCAGCUGUGGUUCUCAGGACCCGUCCUGUGAUUCAGGUGAAGGCAUCUCUGACUCUGCCCAAUCAGAUUGACCGAAAGGUGGCUCUGUGUGGAGAUCAUUUACCUCAAACCGUCUGCUUCAACGUUACCGUCUGCUUCAGUGUCACGUCCAGACGCUUCCGAGGCCCUAUAGACCUUCAGUACAAUUUGACCUCUGAUCUCCUCCACAAACCGUACUUCCCUCAUCGCUUCUAUUUCCACGGUAACGGGUCGUCAAAUAGCACAAGGGGACGUGUGAGAGCAAGACACAGCCAACUGGCUUGUGCAACACAUGUGGCUUAUCAAAGGAAGGAUGUCAAGGACAUUUAUACUCCGGUUAAGUUUGAGGUUUCAUACGGCCUCAGAGAGAUGGCCACCGGCAGAGGCUCCAAAGGCUUUCCUCCCUUAAAGCCAAUUCUGCAGCAGAGCGGGGGACAGAAGAACACCAUCAGCAACCAGAAGUUCUUUCCGCUGGGCUCUGGACAAACCAUCGAACUGAAAACGUCGCUGCUGAACUCUGGAGACGACGCCUUCCUGCCGCGGCUGACCCUUCGGUUCCCAAACUACAUCCACUACAUCAAAGUGGUGCAAAAUCAGGACAAUGUGGUCAGCUGUGAUGUCACAGAGGCGGUCAACUCUACAGAGGUGAGCGUCGGCUGCAGCGUCACCAGCGUCGUCCUUCCAGCCCGCUCCCAGCUGAACAUCAGCUUUCUGUUUGACGUUAAUCAGAACAGCACCCCUGGUGACAUCCUGAUUCACAUCAACACUAGCAGUGACAACUACGAGAAGGAGGAGUACCUCUAUGACAAUGUGAUGAGACUGUCCCUUCCUCUCAAAUAUGGAGUAAAUGUCAACAUCCAUGGUUUUGUGACUCCUACGUCGUUUGUCCUUGGAGAUGAUGGUUUGGUUCCAGCGGACUGCUUCCCUGAAAAAUUCAACUACACUUACAAGGUGUUAAACUCCGGCCCCAGCGUCUCAGCUAACACGGUGGUUGAGAUCAUGCUACCAAAGUUCCUGGCGCCGUAUUCCCACAGGCUGCUGAAGGUGGUCGACUGGAAGUCGUCACACGGCGCCUGCUCUAUCAGCGACCGGACCGCCUCAGCCAUCGAGGACUGCGACGUGCCUGAAGCCUCCUUCAUCAAACAGCUGGUGUUCUUCCUCUCGGCAACCUCCACCCGCAGAAUGUUUUGUAGCCGCGAUGAUGUGCUGUGCGAGCGGCUGGUGUGUCGCCUCGGUAACCUGGACGUGGGGAGAGAUGCUACCAUCCAGCUGGAGAUGAGCCUAAACCCCGCGGUGCUGCUGCAAGCUCCGGGUCGUCACGGCAUCAUGAUUUUGGAGAGCACGGCGGUUAUGUCACACCCCAGAGAGGACCCGCACACCGUCCUGAUCCAGGGCCAACCCGCCGCACAGGUGGACGUGGAAGCUGUUUUCACCCAGAAACCAUCAACAGCUGUGAAGAUUUUCAUCAUUGUUGUCAGUUUAAUUGUAGGAUUGAUAAUCCUGGCCGCUCUCAUCUGGUGUAUGUGGAAGGCCGGCUUCUUUAAGCGACAUUACCAGAUGGAGGAGAAGGAGAAGAUAAACAGAGAGAGCUGGGACUAUGUUUCAAAAGUGGACAACAGAGAAAGCACUUCCUAA